AUGCUACUUAGUUUAAUCAUAGUUAUCUUCAUUUCAUCAUCAAUAACAGCUGAUUCUUGUGAAUCAUUUGUUCAUGGUGAUUAUGGUAGGACUGGUCAAUGUAUCAAAAUAUCAGCCUGUUUAAAUAAUGUUUAUCUACCGAAAUUAUGUGAAAGUAAACCAAUGGAUGUCAUGUGUUGUUUCAAUACAACGAUAUCUUAUAAAGGUUGUCCGACAAUCAUACAUCGUGCUAGAUGGAAUGCAAUAAAUCCUAAAGAACAAACAUCGUUGGCUACGCCAGUUCCUUUUGUUGCAAUUUAUGAUACUGUUAGUCCUUCAUGCAGAACUCAUCAUGAAUGUGUUAAACAAAUACAGGGAAUUCAAAAAUAUCAUAUGAAAGAAAAAAAUUGGAGUGAUAUUGGAUAUAACUUUUUAAUUAGUGAAAGUGGACUAAUAUAUGAAGGACGUGGAUGGAAUUAUAUUGGUGCACAUCGUCAAGGUUAUAAUAGUAGAUCAAUUGGUAUAGGAAUGAUUGGUAAUUAUUCAUUGAGAAAAAUUAAUAAAUCAGCUGCUAAUGCACUUGAAUCAUUGAUUCAAUGUGGUAUUUCACAGAGUUACAUCAAAUUUUACCAUACUAUUUUACAGAAGCGAAAUUACUUCAUAUAA